AUGGGUGCUCAUACCUGGUUAUGGCUGUGGGUGUCAUUGAUCCUUGGAGCAGUGUGUGGAACAGCAAGCUCCUCCUGCAGGCUUCUGGACAGUCAGAUCUCUCAAAGUAUGUAUAAAGAGGGUGAUGUGAUCAUUGGAGGACUGUUCGCUAUUCAUUUAUACGCACCUGAGCCCAACCUGGACUUCACACAACGAGCAGCGCCUUUGCAGUGUCAGAGUUUUUUUUUGCGUGCAUUUCGUUGGCUGCAGACCAUGAUCUUUGCUGUGGAAGAGAUAAACAGAAACCCUCAACUGCUGCCCAAUCUCACCCUGGGGUAUGCCCUGGCUGACACCUGUCGUGCAGCGAGGACAACGUUAGAUGCUGCGCUGGGACUAGUAACAGGGAAGGACCCUGUCAUUAUGGGCUCCAGCUGUGGCCACACUCCCGAGGUGCCUGUCAUUGUUGGUGAUGCCGUCUCCUCCGGAUCUAUCAUAAUUGCUCGCACCCUGGGAGUUUUCAGCAUCCCCAUGGUCAGCUACUCUGCCACAUGUGCAUGCCUGGGAGACAACCAAAAGUACCCCACCUUCUUCCGCACUGUGCCCAGCGAUGCCUUUCAGGCCAGGGCCAUAGCACGCAUGCUGCGCCUCUUUGGCUGGACCUGGGUCGGUGUGGUUAUGGGAGAUGGUGACUACGGCAAGUUUGGGAUCCAGCAUCUGCUGGAGGAGCUGCAGAACUCUGAGGUGUGUGUGGCCUUUUCUGAAGUCAUCCCCAAGGUCAACGUAGAAACUAGCAUUCCACGCAUCGUGGAGACGCUCAAGCAUUCCACAGCCAAAGUUAUCGUCACUUUUGCCGUUGUCGCAGACAUGCAAGUCCUCCUGAGGGAGGUGGUAAGACAGAACAUCACCGACAGGCAGUGGAUCGCCACAGAGUCCUGGAUUACCUCCAGCCGCAUAUCCUCUCCUAAUAAUCUGCCAUCACUGAGAGGGACUUUAGGAUUUGCCUUGCGCAAGGGAAACAUUCGGGAUCUCAGGCCUUUUCUUACCAGGUUUCAGCCCAAGGAUUUGCCUUCCGACCCAUUUGUGCAGGAAUUCUGGGAGACUAUGUUUGGAUGCUCUUUUAGUGACCCCAGCCCCUCUCCAUCAGCCAGACCCAACUGCACAGGGUCUGAGAGCUUGGACAAUGUUGAGAGCUUUUAUACGGACGUCUCUGAGCUCAGAUUCACUUACAGUGUGUACAAGGCUGUGUAUGCCAUUGCACAUGCCAUUCACAACAUGCUGUCCUGCCAACCAGGGCAUGGCCCCUUUGAAAAAGGGGGCUGUCCAAAUGUCGCCAACCUCCAGCCCUGGCAGAUUCUCCACUACAUCCAAACCGUCAACUUCACCACAGCUAUGGGAGAAGCCAUAAACUUUGAUGAGAACGGUGAACCACCGGCUGUUUAUGACCUCAUUAACUGGCAAAUUGGGGUGCGGGGGACAGUGGAGUUUGUUGAGGUGGGACAUUUUGACUCUGUGGAAGGAUCUCACAGCAAGUUUGACAUCGAUGUAAAAAGAGUCAUCUGGGGUGGUGGCCAGAAUGAGGUGCCUGUGUCCGUCUGCAGCAUGCCCUGUCCCCCAGGCACUCGGAAGGCUGUGCAGAAAGGAAAGCCCAUCUGCUGCUUUGACUGCUUACCAUGUGCAGCAGGAGAGAUUAGCAACACCGCUGGUUCAACAGAGUGCCAGAAGUGCCAAGAUCAAUUCUGGUCGAAUGCUGCUCGAACUGCCUGCGUUCCAAAGGAGGUGGAGUUCCUGUCCUUCCAGGAGACCAUGGGGAUCGUCCUGGCUGCUCUUUCAGUCUCUGGGGUGGUCCUCACAGGCAGUGUCCUCGCCACCUUCUUUUUCCACCGGGACACGCCCCUUGUUAGGGCAAACAAUGCAGAGCUGAGCUUCCUGCUGCUGCUGUCGCUCUCUCUCUGCUUCCUGUGUGCGCUGGCCUUCAUUGGUCACCCCUCCCCCUGGUCCUGUAUGUUGCGCCACACGCUGUUUGGGAUCAGCUUUGUGCUCUGCAUUUCCUGUGUGCUCAGCAGGACAGUGGUGGUGCUGGUGGCCUUCCGUGCCUCAGUCCCUGGCAGCAACAUCAUGCAGUACUUUGGCCCAGUGCAGCAGAGAGUGGCCAUCUCCCUCUGCACCUCCAUCCAGGCACUCAUCUGUAUGCUGUGGUUGGUUCUGUCACCCCCCUUCCCAUCUGAGAUACACGGGCAGAGUGCCAGGAUCAUCCUUGAGUGUGAUGUGGGCUCAAUGGCUGGCUUUGCUUGUGUCCUGGGCUACAUCGGCCUGCUGGCAGCCAUCUGCUUCCUGCUGGCCUUUUUAGCCAGGAGGCUCCCAGACAACUUCAAUGAGGCCAAGUUCAUCACCUUCAGCAUGAUCAUUUUCUGCGCCGUCUGGAUCACCUUUGUCCCCGCCUAUGUCAGCUCCCCAGGGAAAUACACUGUCGCUGUGGAGAUAUUUGCAAUCCUGGCCUCAAGCUAUGCACUCCUCCUUUGCAUCUUUGCUCCCAAGUGUUAUAUAAUCCUUCUGAGACCAGAAAAGAAUACCAAGAAGAAAAUGAUGGCAAAAUAA